AUGGGUGCAGAAGACUUGGUUCCGUCUUUGCUGUGCACAUUCGAGAGCUGGUACAACAGCUCUGGUCAAGCCGAGAGACAUCGCCAGAUCGCCGGUCGAUCCAACUCCUCCCAGAGCAUGAUGGCCGAGCUGUUCCAUGAAGAUUGGCAAGUGUUUCUCCCUUCGUGGUGCCCAGCGGGCGCCGUGAAGGUGUGCCCAGUGCUGGGCUUCCUGGCUGUCGUCCUGAUCAUUCCCCUCAUCCUGGCCAAGGUCUUCUCCAGCCCCCACUUGCGUCAGGAGACCCGCUACCUGCUGUUGGCCAACACCCUGCUCAGCGACCUGCUGUUCAUGUUUACCUACCUGCUGUCCACCUGCUUCAACUCGGCAGGCGUGGUGACCUCUGAGUGGUCCUGCGGCGCCCUGCUCUUCGUCCUCAGCAUCGUCUACUGCGCCGGGCUUCUGAGUGCCAAGGCCAUGGUCCUGGACACCUUGCUGGCUGUCCUGGUGCCCCUGCGCUACCUCGCCCUGUGGCCUGUCUCCAAGACACGGAGGGCCAUCGCGGCAGUCUGGGUGGCGUCUGUUCUCUUUCCGGCUAGCACCAUAGUGGUCUUCCUGUGGCACCACUCGGAGGACCCCUGCAGCUCCCAUGUGUGCUCCCUGCCUGUGUUUCUGGCGCUGACCGUGGGGUACUCCGUCCCCAUGCGGGCUUCCAUGCUGCUGACCGUUGCCGGCGUCCUGCUGGUGCUGCUCCUGGUCCUCUCUGGGUACGUGUUCCUGUACUGCAGGACAAGGAGGUCUGGGGCGUGGAGGAGGGAGCGUGCGUCUCGGGCCAGAGGGACCUUCCUCAUACACUUUUUCCACCUGGGCCUGUCGCUCUGCCCGAUGCUGGUGCUGGCGGUGGAGCUGCUCCUGUGCUCCCGCUCCAGUCGCUCUAUCGAUCUGAGGGCCAACCUGCUGGUCUCCCUGGUGCUCUGCAACGUGCUGCUGGUCCUGCCCAAAGCCCUUGCCCCUUACCUCUACGGCCUGAGGUAUCGGGAACUGGACCUCCGCAGGACACUGCGGUCCUUCUGCGGGCUAAAACGGCCGUCGACCGUCACACCAGUCAUCAAGAGCUGA